AUGGAAAGAUAUAAUUAUACGUUAAAAGAAUACGCCUUCAAUACCCGUUCUCCAAUUACAGGAGAACAAAAAUACAGGCUCAUCCAUGACAUGGUGAAAGGCAUUAAGGCACUUCACGAUGCUGGAUUCGCGCAUCGCGACCUGUCCGAGGUUAACAUGAUGGUAAAUAAUACUACCGAGAAGUUGGCAGACGGGAGCAUAAAACCUGAACUUGUAGUAAUCGAUUUUGGUAAAGCUGAGUUCAUCAAUCGCGAUGAUGUUUUAGCUUGGUCCGUUGGCGAGGUGACAAACGAUAAGUUGGAACAUCUCCCAUGGAUAAAGACGGUACCGGAUCAUGGCUACAAAUUGUACAGGUCCGCGGCGACACUACCCCGUACCAAAAACGAUCAUGCAGUUCUUCAAUACCCAAUUGAUCCUUGUUCCGAAGAUGUGUAUGCGACCGGAGUUUUAGCAUGGAGAAUAUUUUCAGGUCAGGCACCUUGGGGAGGGAUCCUUGACACCGAUCUUAAGAAUCUUAGAGAAAUUGUAACAGAUCCUAUCAAAAUUAAAUUUCACAUAGAGAAAAAUGUCAAUGGGAAAAAGUCACGAGAGUUGCUACUAAAGUGUAUAACCGCGACUUCGCAAGAGCGUAGUACUGCAAAAGAAUUGCUUGAUUGGCUUCUACAAUCCAAAGAUGAGUUAAUUUCCGAAUGGGCGACCUCAGGAAGAAUGAGAAUAAGAAAGCAAUUAUAA